ACGGUUCCUCGCGCAGCUUCUCUCUCUGUCGAAGCAAGCGCCGUGACAGAAAACGUGUAGAUCGCUUGAACCGAAAACAGGAACCCCUUCAGGGUUUCUAAUUCGCAUGCGGGGGGAAAUGGGGUGAGAAAUGUGGGCGUCGCGUUUAAAGGACACCAGCUGUUGUGUUUGUCUUCACGGUCAACAGCAAUCCCGCUCCGCUCACGGCUCCGUUCAGUUCAUUUAACGGCGCAACACUGAGGAAAUCACUGGGACUAUGUGAGCAUCAUGCUCGCUGUGAGAUGCCUGCUGUUCGCUGCAAUGUGUGCAAGGUGUGCCCAGACAGGUCUGAGGGAAUGGGUGAGUCUGGAGGGAAGGUUGCCGCCUGCAGAGGAGGUCGUUCAGCCCAAGCGGAUGCUGCAACAGAUCCACUCUGAGGAGGAGCUGCUGCACAACCACCUGGACACCCGGGUCAGAAACCUUCCAGCUGGCACGCAGCAGCCCAUCCAUUUGGCUCAGAGCAGCUUCUUGGUGAAGGCCUUUGGCACGUCCUUCAUCCUUGACCUGGAACUGAACCACAAUCUCCUGUCUACAGACUAUGUGGAGCGUCACUUUGAGGAUGGACAGCUGUCACAGAAUAUGGGAGGAGAGCACUGCUACUACCAUGGGCAAGUACGGGGGUUCCCGGGCUCCUGGGUUGCAUUGUCUACCUGCCAUGGCCUGCAGGGGAUGUUUUCUGAUGGCAAUUUUUCUUACGGGAUCGAACCUAUUGGCAAUGGAGAGGAGCAGAAUAACCACAUUGUCUAUCGAAUGCCAGAUAUUGACCUCUUCCCAGGUUGCUCUGUGAACGGCAUCGAGCCUGAGGGGCAGACAGAUGGCCACCGUGAAGGAGACAGCAAGCUCAAUGAUGGAGACGACGAGUCUGAGGAGAGGAAGCCAGCUUUUAUAGAAGGCCGGAGACGCUCAAAAAGACAAGUGAGACGAGGCCAACGCACCGUCCAGACUGAGACCAAGUACAUUGAGCUGAUGGUUGUCAAUGAUUAUGAACUGUUUGUGCAGCGUCGUCGGUCCACCUCUCAGACGAAGAUUUUUGCCAAAUCAGUGGUGAACAUGGCGGAUUUGAUCUACAAGGAGCAGCUCAACACUCGCAUCGUCCUGGUGGCCAUGGAAACCUGGUCUUCUGAAAACAAGAUUGCAGUCGGUGAUGAUGCCCUGCUCACCCUGCGAGAUUUCAUGAAGUACAGGAAGGAAAACAUCAAGGAACACUGCGAUGCUGUACACCUCUUCUCUGGGAGGACGUUCAUGAGCAGCCGCAGUGAGGCGGCUUACAUUGAAGGCAUCUGCUCGCUGACGAGGGGUGGAGGCAUAAAUGAGUUUGGCAGUGUGGGUCCAAUGGCCAUCACACUGUGUCAGAGUCUUGGCCAGAACAUCGGCAUGCUGAGGAACAAGGAGCGAACGGCUGCAGGUGAUUGUAGGUGUCCGGACCCAUGGCUGGGUUGCAUCAUGGAGGAUACAGGCUACAACCUUCCCAGAAAGUUCUCUCGCUGCAGUAUAGAUCAGUACCUGCGUUUCCUCCAGCUGGGAGGAGGCAGCUGCCUCUUCAACAAGCCCACAAAGCUGUUAGACCCCCCAGAGUGUGGCAAUGGAUAUGUGGAGCUGGGAGAGGAAUGUGACUGUGAAUUAAUGACGGAAUGUGGUCAGAAUGGAGCCAACUGCUGUAAGAAGUGUACUCUCACCCACAACGCCAUGUGCAGCAAUGGACUCUGCUGCAGGGACUGCAAGUAUGAGCUGCGAGGGGUGACAUGCCGAAAUGCUGUGAAUGACUGUGACAUUCCUGAGACCUGUACAGGAGACUCCAGCCAGUGUCCUCAUAAUGUCCACAAACUGGAUGGCUACACAUGUGAAACUGGCCAGGGUCGUUGUUAUGGAGGCCGCUGUAAGACCAGAGAUGGCCAAUGCAGGACUUUAUGGGGCUACAACUCAGCAGACAGAUUUUGCUAUGAAAAGCUGAACUCUGAGGGGACAGAGAAAGGAAACUGUGGUCCGGAUCCCAGUGGACAGGGAUGGGUGCAAUGCAACAAACAAGAUGUUCUCUGUGGAUUGCUGCUUUGCACCAAUCUGACUGAGAGACCAAGAUUUGGCGAACUGCAGGGGAGGCUCACCAGUCUGACCAUCCAUCAUCAAAACAGAUAUAUGGACUGCAGGGGGGGCCAUGCUGUGCUGGAUGAUGGCUUGGAUCUGGGAUACGUGGAGGAUGGGACCCCAUGUGGGCCAAACAUGAUGUGUUUGGAGCACCGCUGCCUCCCUGUCACCACUUUUAAUCUCAGCAUCUGCCCAGGCUCCUCAACUUCACGCAUCUGCUCCUACCAUGGGACUUGCAGUAAUGAAGUGAAAUGUAUCUGCGAUCCAGAUUACACCGGGAAGGACUGCAGUGUGUUUGACCCGAUUCCCACCCCAACCCCACCAGAUGGGUCAGAGAAGUACAAAGGUCCCAGUGGCACCAAUAUCAUAAUAGGUUCAGUUGCCGGUGCAAUUCUGCUGGCAGCAAUAGUCCUGGGGGGAACUGGCUGGGGAUUUAAAAACAUCCGGAAAGGAAGAUCGGGAGGAGUUUGAGUCGUAGCUCUGAUCUCUUGUUCACUCUGAAGCAACGUCUUCCACUUACGAGCCAUCAGAUCUUUUCUCUUUCCUGUUCUGACUCUACUGAUCCUGAGGGACACUCUUCCCUUAGAUUCUACAGGCUGUCGGGGAUUUUCUGACAACAAAUGUCCACUCUGCUGUUGAUGGCAUCGCCUCCUUUAUCCAAUCUUGACAGUUCGUGGCAACAGCUGCUCUGAUGCUGUUUAGACUGUUAUGAAGCUUUACCCCUUUAAGUAAUUUGUUGGAAGAAAAGACCAUGCACUUUUCCUGCUGUGGACUUUUUAAGGUAGUCAUUAUUUAAUCUCAUGGAGAGCACAACCACCUCCUCUUAGUAGUGUACCUUUUAACUGCAAUAGCAGUUUAUGAAUAUCUCUAAAUACUGAAUGUUGGCAUUUCCUCUGUCUAUAUUAAGGAUGUUCAUUAGCUCUCGACAUUCCACAUUGAUAGCCAUAAUUUCUCUUCUGAUGCCUUUCCUUAUUAGACGGUAGCCCAUCGGUUGUAAAUCAGUGUGUCUGAAUAUGUGUUUAUGUUUGUCUAGAGUAGGAGCUUGCAAGGAGGCUUGUUGUGCUGAAGACAAAUGAGUACUUUGUAUUUUGCUGCAGUCAAGCCAGGUGGGCAGUUGCACAUGUAUACACUGAAUGUUUUAUCUCGCUGUAUGAUAUCUAAUCCAUAUCCAAACUAUAUGCAUACAAGUAUGCUAAAAAUGGGUGCUGUUGUAAAUAGUGUAGCGACUCAUUUAGACAGCAGUGACUCACUGCCGCUCUGAAUGGAAGCACAAGUCUGGAAAGAGACUCCUCUUCCUGCCUAUAGGUGAAGAUGUAAUUAGCAAGAAAGGAUUGAAAAUGCCAGAGAUGAUGUGUGUGUUGUUUUCAAUAUAUGCCUCAGAUAUUUAAGGUUAAAGGAGACAGAUUUCUCCUUUAGACAUGAUUUCAUUGUGAAUCAUGUGUUGAGUUUGCUCAGGUUUUUAAAUCAUCUCCACAAAUAGGAACGCUGAAGUCAGUCAGUCUUAAAGAACACUAGUAAGACGUCAGAUUUCCUAGUAGGAAUAUAAAACAUGCAGAGACCUGUUAGAACAUUAUCUAAUUUAUUUCCUAAGUUAAGUGAACUGUUUAAGUUCUGAAUAGACUUUGUUAUUAAAAACAAAGUAGAAAGCAAGUGCAAAAGAGAUUAAGCUUUCU